UCAGGAGGAGAACACACACACACACAUAACCGACUUUUCUUUGCUCUCAUCUGUCUGAUCAACACUCUAGACUUCUCUAAAUUCACACAUUACUCGACGUGAAAGUGAAAACGACACACCGCUACAAUGGGCGUGGAAGGCUGCACGAAAUGUAUUAAAUACAUGCUGUUCUUCUUCAACUUUAUUUUCUGGCUGGCUGGAUGUGUGAUCCUGGGCGUCUCUUUGUGGCUUCGUCAUGACGAAAAAACUAGCAGCUUGUUGGUCCUCAAGUAUGAAGACACAACAGCACCCAACACCUUCUACAUCAGUGUCUACAUCCUGAUUGCUGUUGGUGCUGUGAUGAUGUUUGUUGGGUUUCUUGGUUGCUAUGGUGCCAUCCAGGAGUCUCAGUGCCUGCUGGGAACAUUCUUCGCCUGCCUGGUCAUCCUAUUUGCCUGUGAGGUUGCUGCUGGUAUCUGGGGUUUUAUUCACAAAGACCAGAUUUCUAAAGACGUGAUCGGCUUCUAUGACACCGUAUAUGACCGGGGCUUGCAUGCAACCAUCACUGAAAAGCAAGAAGCGGCAGCUGCUGUACUGAAGGUCUUCCACGAGUCUCUGCAAUGCUGUGGCAAGGGUAUUUUGUCCUCAGCUGCAACAGGCUGGACAACUAAUUUAUGCCCUAAAACAAGCGGCAUUACGGUCAAUGAGGACUGUCACACAAAAAUCAAAGAUCUCUUCAAUGACAAGAUCUACCUGAUUGGCAUUGCUGCCUUGGUCGUUGCUGUCAUCAUGAUCUUCGAGAUGAUCUUCAGCAUGGUGCUCUGCUGUGGAAUUCGAAACAGCCCUGUAUACUAAAAGAUGAUUUGGCGAAGAAGGCUGUGGGUUUGUGGUAUUUGGAGAAACCAGCCAAAAAAAUUGAAGGAAAACUUUAUUCUCCUGAUUAAUUUUUGUAUCUACCCUAAUUUCCUAAUAUAGUGUUUGUCUUAAGGAACAAAUGAUUUUAUUCUCUGCUGUGUUUUGUUAUUAUGAUUCUCUGAUUGUCACUGUCUGCUGUUGUGUAUGCUGCAUGCGCAUCAUUCUUGUGGCAACAUUGACCAGUAGACAAUGGCAAGACUAGGACAGAAAUGUUAGAUGCUUACACAUGCGUACACAAUAAAAAAAACAAAUUGGAUACAUAAAACAAAUUGGCCACUUACAUUCUGUUUUCUGUAGUAGUGUUAACAGUGAGGAUAAUUACUAUUGCUAUUGGUUUCUGUUUUCUUUUAUUUUGUACGUAAGACGUUAUUCAUUUCUUAUGUAUGUAAAAAAAAACUGUAUAUAUUUGCAGCCAUUUGGCUUUGCAGCAUGGAUAUCGUAAUUGGACAGCCCUAUGGACCUUCUUUUCUGAAUGUGCUUAUACGUUUUGUUUAAAAGGUCAACCACUAAGAAACAGUAUUAGUGAAAAGAAAGGAGGUCAGACCUUAAAACAUGAAUAUUGAAGUUUCAUUCUUAUACCUUGGUGUAGCCAAAAUAUGUAAUGCCAUGUAGCCUUGGCUUUCUUUGUGCCAUACAUUGUGGGCCAGCAAACUGCCAGAAACAUAGCUGUUGCAAGCAUGACCAUGCUCUGAAACCCUAGCAAGUCUUAGAAAUAAAAAUCCUCUAAUGCUAAUGAUGUGACUAAUGUUUGCCCGCAUGUUGUUCUGAGGGAGGUGGAAACCAGCAGAAUCAUUCGCGUAGCUUUGCUUUGAUCGCUGGAAUUCCUCUGACCUCUGACCCCAAGCCACCUUCACGCUCUGACUAACCCAAGCCAAAGCUCUUAUAUGCACCUCCCAGCCUUAUUGAUCGAAUGUCCUAUCCUUCAGUAAUUGAGACUGCAUUAUCUAGUAUGUCCUGUUGAUUCCUAGUGGAAUUUCUUACUCGUAUAUUGUGCUCUAUAUUCUGAAUCCAUAUGAUGGAAUGCUGUGCUUUAAAAAAAAAAAAAAAGGAUAAAAGAUGAUAACGUUUUGUUUUUCUUCUAAAUAACUCCUUUUUGCCAUAACUUCUGACAUGCUGGGAGUUGCUUAACAAUGUCAUAGCAUAGCAAAAUCAAUCUACUGAGUGUACUGUAAGGCUCUGGUGUGUGAGUGUGUGUUUGAUGUGUUGAUGGUAAAGCCUUUUGAAAAGAUCUGAACUCACUGCCACUGAUUGCAGUUACUGUACCUCUUAGCUCCACAAGGUGUCGCCCAAAUAGCAUUUAUUUUCUGCAAGCAGAAACACUUCAUUGAUUCUUGACACUUCCAAUUGUUUUAGUAACUUCCUCUAAUAUCAUUCGAGGACAUGUAAUUCACUCCAGUCAUCUACAUUUCUUUUAACCCAACACACACAUACACGCACACACACCAUUUACGUUGUUUUCUACAUACAAUCCGUAACUGUCACUUAAUGCCUAUGCUGAUAUGCUGAUCAAAUGUCUUGUAAUAUGUACAGCUAUAUAUUAUUGUACUAAUGACUAUGUUAAGGCAUUGUGAUAUCUUUUUUUCUGGUACUUGUCAAAUAAAGGACAGAGAUUACAGUGAAAGCCAGUCAGGCCUUUGGGAUACUUGCAGUCCCAUAGAAGGAGGCAGACAUAUGGAUAAUAGCAGUCAGGAUUUACAUGAAGAAAAAGGAUGGGGUUCGUAAUCAGUGUCCAUUGGAACAUGGACUUUCAGUGGGACCCAUGCUCACUCCAAUCUCUGUCCUGGUUCACCUGAUUCAUAUAGUUCCUGGUUCUUUUUUGUUGCCCAAAUACUUGUUGCCCAAAUACUGAUUAAAUGUAUUUUACAAAUAAAA